CCUCAGCGGUUCAAGGGCACGGACGGAGCGGAGAAGGCAGCGGAGAAGGCAAAGCCUGCGAAGGCGGAGGAGGCCAAGGGGAAAGCGGCAAAGCCUGAGGAGGCUGCGGAGGAGGGGCCGCCAAAGUAUACAAAAUCAAUUUUAAAGAAGGGUGAUAAAACCAACUUCCCGAAGAAAGGAGACACUGUUCAUUGCUGGUAUACAGGAAAACUGCAGGAUGGAACAGUCUUCGAUACCAAUAUUCAAACAAGUUCCAAGAAGAAAAAAGCAGCCAAACCUUUAAGCUUCAAAGUUGGCGUAGGAAAAGUAAUCAGAGGUUGGGAUGAAGCUCUCUUAACAAUGAGUAAAGGAGAGAAGGCUCAGCUGGAAAUUGAACCCGAGUGGGCAUAUGGCAAGAAAGGGCAGCCUGAUGCCAAGAUUCCACCAAACGCAAAACUCUUCUUUGAAGUGGAAUUGGUGGAUAUUGAAUGA